GCUAAGUUCGUGAAAGACGACAAUUUUGUGAUGUUUUUAACUUUAAACAAAAUGAUUUCUGUCAAAUAGUAUGUUCCGUCGAUUUGAUUAGUUUGCCCCCUUCCAUUCUGUUGAGAAUGGUUAUUGCCAUCGAUGUCAGAAGGGAUUAUACCGGCAAAUUGUCAUGUCGGCCAGCAGAACACAUGAUCAGAGAAAAUACCCCUAGUCGCCCUGGAAAUUCAACAUUUGCAAGUAAAACUCAACACGAGACCGUGUUACUAUCAGAUACAUCUUCCCAUCCCAUACUUAUUCUACCAGUAUUUCAUAAUCUUAACUGCUAGCAAACUGUUAGUUUGCGAAUGUUUUGUUUCAUAGGGUAAAUUAGUGCAUGUGGGUGGCCAUUCACCUGCUGAAUAUGCAGUAAUUUUUGAACUUUCCAACUCAUUUCUAACUUGCAAUAAAAGUGCAACACUUUCAUAAUUAUACGGAGGAUGGUGAACUCUAAACUCAACUAUUGAACAGCUCACUUUAAUUUGUCUGCUCUGAAACCUUUAAGAUGGAUUCGUAUAGUUUUGGCCUUGUGAACUACUCUGUUCUCAUUACUAUGCUUCUUAUAUCAUCAAGUAUUGGACUUUAUUUUCGUUUCUCUGGCGGCCGACAAAAAACAAAUUACGAGUAUUUGUUUGCGAAUGGCCAAAUGAGUGCCCUUCCUUUGGCAUUCUCGUUAAUGUCUAGCUUCAUGUCAGCUGUAACACUACUAGGUGUUAGUGCCGAGAACUAUUCCUAUGGCACCAUGUUUACAAUUCACAAUGUAGCCUUUGGACUUGUCACUCCAAUUAUCUCUCACUUGUUUGUGCCUGUGUAUUUCCAACUUGGAGUUACAAGUGUUUACCAGUACCUUGAGAAACGGUUUGGUAAAAUUGCACGUCUGGCAGGGUCUGUGGCAUUUACCACACAAAUGAUGCUGUACAUGGGUGUGGCAUUGUAUGCACCAGCAUUAGCUUUAGAAACAAUUACAAAACUGCCAAAGUCAUACGCCAUUUUAAUAGUUGGUUUUGUGUGUACAUUCUACUCAGCAAUUGGUGGUUUAAAGGCUAUUAUCUUCACAGAUGUCUUCCAGAGUCUCUUGAUGUAUGCUGCUGUUUUUAGUGUGAUUUUUGUGGCCUGGAUUGACAAAAGUAGCCUUGCAGAGAUAUGGCAGAUUGCAAAUGCUCAUGGUCGCAUUGAGUUCAAUAACAUUGAUUUUGACCCCACUGUAAGGCACACAUGGUGGGGUGUAAUACUUGGCGGUGGUAUUACAUACCUCUCUGUUUAUGCAGUUAAUCAGGGUCAGAUUCAGCGUUACAUGUCUUCUGGUAAAUUAGAAACUGCUCAAAAAGCUGUGUGGUUAAACUGGCCACUUGUUUCACUCAUGAGUUUAUCCUCAAGUUUUGCUGGACUUGCAAUUUUUUCAAAAUAUGCCAGAUGUGACCCUUUCACAACAUGUCAGAUUCAACGGUCUGAUCAGCUAAUGCCACAUUAUGUUAUAGACACUAUGGCACACAUUCCUGGACUUCCAGGUCUGUUUGUUUCUGGAAUUUUUAGUGCUGCUUUGAGUACUGUUUCGGCAGCAAUGAAUUCAUUAGCAGCUGUCACUUUAGAAGACUAUGUGAAGCCUGUUUAUGAAAAAGUCAAACGACGAAAAUUUCCUGAUGAAAGAAGCUUGUGUGCCAAGCUCGUUUCAGUAUUUUAUGGGUUGAUUUGUAUUAUGCUCGCUUUCAUAGCUGACCGAUGGGGAGGUGUGUUGCAAGCAUCCCUCACAAUAUUGGGAGUAGUGGGGGGACCCACAGUUGGCCUAUUCUCCCUGGGAAUGUGUUUUCCACAUGCAAACGAAAUUGGUGGUGUGAGUGGUUACAUUGUAUCUCUCCUCUUCACAUUUUGGAUUGGAUUUGCUGACAAGCCACCCCCCAUCAAGUUGAAAGCAUUUUCAGAUCAAUGUUCACAUUAUGAGCAGUACUAUAACUCAACAGCCUGUCUAUCAAACUUCCUUCCUAGAGAACCCAGUCAUGAAUAUUUCUACAUUUAUCGGAUUUCUUAUCUGUGGCUGAGUUUUAUAGGCUGUAUCCUAUGUUUGUUUGUGGGUGCAUCAGUAAGCCUGGUUGUUAAUUUUAUUAAAAAUAAUCCUAAUGAGAAAAAAGAUCCCAAUAUGUUUAUACCUCCAAUUUCACGUUAUUUGAAACGACAAUACACUGUUUGUAAUGAAAGAAGUGCAGCUAAUCUGACAAGCAUGGCAGGUUUAGAUGGCAACUUGGAAAUGAAAAAGUUCUAUGAAUUUGAAAAUAAAGAUGGAGCCCACAGCAAUGAUGCAGAAUCAAGACCAUGCUUGAAAUGAAUCUGGUGAUGUGAUGACAGUAAAGAAAAGUUUCAAUUAUUUCUGAUGGUGCAUUAGGUAGUAUAGUCUAGUGUAGUUUGUUUUUUAUCUCUUAUUUUGUUACUUGUCAUGUUUUUUGUCCUCUUUGAAAUGUUUUGUAUCAUUUUUUUUUCCUUGUGAUAGACGGAAUCCUUCUAUAAUAAGUAUAUUUCCUGGUAAUCAUAUGUGCUACAAAUGUUAUGUCCAAUAUGUCAAUAUUUUCUAUCAAAUGUUGAUCUCAAUCCCCCACCUGCCAAGUAAAUGUGUAACCUCACACUGAAGCGCAUUUGAUGUGUUUGGCACUUGGGGACUAAACUUAAUGUAAUACCUCUAUCAACCCCUGUUUCUGGGCGAAUCUCAUCAAUCCGCAAAUCGUGAUAAUAAAAUAAUAGACUGUUCCUUGACUGUUUUACCAAUUUGAAAUGAUCGAUCAAUUUGACAAAAGUUUAUCAAAACGUCAGCUAGUUAGGGACCACAUUUUCAUCAAAUUUAUAUCUUUUUGAUUGAUGAUUUCAGAUUGGGCAAGUUAUUCAUUAUGAAAGCUGUAUUUUUUCAUCUGUUGUUAUUUGUAAUGUUGCUCUCUGAUUUAUUGUCAUUACAUUGUUAUUUAUUAUUAUUAUUACUAUUAUAUUUAUUAUUUUGGGGGGUCGGGGGUUGCCCUUUAACGGCACCGUCGCGAACAGUGACGGUGGCUGAAAUGUAUAGGGUUUUAUUGGGGUGCUUUGUGGUUUUUUUUUUUUUUUUUUUUCCUCUCAGAGAACUUUGCCGAGGCCUAUAGGCCUAUGUUGGCAGGAGAGUGGCGGCGGAGUUGCGGCCAGCGUCGGGGAAUUUUGUGGUUUUCACGGGUGUAGGGGUGUAGCCAGUGUGGCCAGUGUGGCCAAAGCUAUGAGAAGAAGGAACCGGGCAAGGAAAGCCAUGGCUAUGCUCUUUUAUGAGUGUUGCUUCCCCUUUCUUUAUCUACGAUGUAUACGGUGUAUAUAUACCGACAACUCGGUAUUACUUUGGACCAAUAAAAUAUGAAUGUGCCUAUA